ACACAUCAUUCAGCCCUGGACUUUCGACUUGACGCAUUUACUUUUAGCGUAUGCUGCAGUCGCGACUCAAUAUGGACUUCUACAGAGUACCAAACAACAACCCGAUGGAUUACAACGUUGAUAACGUGGAACACAAACAAGUGAAGAUGUUUCCUUGCCAGGAGGAUCGCUUCGACAGCGGCCUCGAUUCUUUGAAAGAGGACGAUUUGGCCAACGAUCUGGCGGAAUUAAAAGUCGUUCAUUGCGAACCAAUCCUGGAGGAUAACGAACCAUGGAGAAAUGCGGUGACAGAAGACGGUGACACGUAUCUGCAUUUGGCCAUUAUUCACGAAGCCACGGAACAAGUCAACCAGUUGAUCAAGCUCUCCCACAACCAACCCUUCCUCAAUGCACAAAACCUCCAGAGACAGACGGCGCUUCACUUGGCCGUCAUCACAGACCAGCCCCAGUUGGUGGAGAGGCUCCUGAAGGCCGGCUGCGACUCCCGGCUAGCAGACGAGGACGGCAACACGGCCCUCCACAUCGCCUGCAAACGGGGAUCGCUCCACUGCUUCAGUGUACUCACACAGAACUGCCCACACCAGCUCCCCUACCUCCUCCCCCACCCCAACUACGAUGGACACAACUGCCUCCACUUGGCAUCCAUCAACGGCUUCCUCUCAUUGGUCGAGAGCCUGGUCCAGCUCGGAGCAGACAUAAACGCACCGGAACAGUGCAGCGGUCGCACGGCGCUCCACCUAGCCGUAGACCUCCAGAACUCCACCCUGGUACGCUGCCUGCUUUCGCUGGGUGCCAAUGUGCACAGCAUCACAUACGGCGGGUUCACGCCGUACCACCUGACCUACGGCCGCCACGACGAGGAGAUCCGCCACCAGUUGUACGAGCGCACGGCACAAGAGCUGCGGGAUCUGCCCGACAGCGAGUCGGAAGACUACGACCGGGACGAUGCGUCCGACGAGGAGAUGUACGAUGACAUCAAGUUCGGAAAGUAGAGGCCGUUCCACCAUCUGCUGUGUGCGCGUGUCACAGUGAAGCUGCUACAGGAUUUCCUUGCCCAGAGUCCAGGGGGAUGACCACCAUUGGUCUGCCAUUCCUCCUCCCAAGAGCCGCAGGUCCCUACGAAGACCCAUAGAGCCGGUCCUGGGACCACAUCAUGAGAACCGAGAUGGUGUCUGACCGGGGGCCAAUCGGGGCCCACCCGUUGGAACAAUUUUUCCAAAUCACAAAACAAUGAUCCACGACACCUCAAAGACAUUGGCCUCUGACGGGCUAAUAUUUUUUAUAUAAUGUAAAUACAUAGAUAUAUAUAUAUAUUUUUUUAUGUGAAUACUUUUUAUUGUAAACACUAUGAGUCAACGUGAGAUCAUACAUGAAUUAAAUGACUUAUAAAUAUACACCUUCUGCCUUGGUACGUCUUUAUUUCCUUCUCAACUAUUCAUUCCCCACUAGUCAUUUCUGUAGGCCUGUUCUUAAAACAUAGGCAACCCCAGGUUCUGGUUAGUGCUACCAUAUUAAAAUAAAAUCUCCACAUCCGGUAUGACAUGCAAUUCAGUAAGAGGGAGAGAAGAGUCACAAAUUUAUGAAUCUCAUUCCGAACAUGCCGGGGUUUCCUAGUUGGGCGAGGCGUGGGUCUCUUGAGUCACAACACUUGUAAAACCCCAGGGCCACAUUAAGACGAACACUGAGUACAGAAGAACUAACUCAUUAACCAAUGAGUAAUGGGCGUUUUAGAGCAUACAUUUUGGCAAGAGAAAAUGUUGUCUUAGGCAAAUCUGGAAUUCUUUCAGUCAUCGUGACCUGGAAACAAGCCUCCUCUUUAGUGGACAUGCCCCAGAAAUCUCCUUGUGUGUUCAGUGAGAUCCGGGUUGUAUUCAAGUGGCCUAUAAUGUUCCGUUAUUUUUCACGGCUAUAAACAUUAACCGGGACAGUAGACCUGUAUUCAUAAGGUGGGGGAUUUCCAAAGAAUGUGACUCAACCUUGUCCUCAGACAAAGCCUCAUGGUUCCCGUUUCACAGCCUCACAGGUGACCUGUUCCUCAGCAGAUACAAGUCAAGGUGGUACUUUGCAGAACAUGAGUCUGAGACUUCAACAAUGGAGGCAAGAACAGAAACUGACGUGGAUGGGAAAAAGUCCCCACAAGUCAUUUCCUACAUCCCGAAAAAUUCCUGAAAAGGGAUUUUCU